AUGCAUUCAACCUCACGGUCCUUCCUGCGAUUCGCCAGCCUUGUGUCUGUGCUUGCGACUUUCGCUUGGUCGUCUUAUGGGUCAGCUUCCCCGGAGAAUACCGCUUUGGCCCAGAAAUACGCCCCACAAUGGCGUUUCCAUAAGGAUGAAAUCUACUACGCGUCGACUGUUGAAUGGUUUCUGGUCAAUGUUGAUCAAGUGGACGAUAGUGGUGCAACUAUCAAUGCUAAUCCGACUGUCCAGACAGUUGAUGAUCCAGCAAACAAAGGGAGUGGGCUCUAUUUGGCAACGGACAUUGAUGCGAACAGGGAUGGCUGGUUGAAGGGUAUAAACCCGCUUCAGGACCCUUCCAACGUUGCCGUCUACACAUUCGUCGCGCCGAAAGCGAACGGGGUCACAGAUAUCUAUUAUUGGUUAUUCACACCUUUCAACGAAGCCAAGGAUGUUCCGGUUAUUGGUAGGGUUGGUGACCAUGUGGGAGACUGGGAGCGUCUAGCCGUCCGCACUGUCAACGGGGAAGCAACGCAGGUGGAUUACCAUGCUCAUAGCGAUACUGGGUCGACGGUCCCCUUCAGCGAAGCCCCUAAAUUUGAUAACGGUGCUCGUCCGAUUGCCUACAUUGCCAAAGGCUCGCACGGAAUUUGGGAAACCGCCGACACUCAUACUUAUGUGGACGCCGUCAUUUUCAAACUGCAAGACUUGACAAGCGAUGAUGGAGUGUAUUGGGACACGAGGGAUUCGCUUGUCACAUACAACUUCCCUGACACCUUUAGUGGACCUGACGACUGGUUGAACUACAAGGGAGUGUAUGGAAACAAGGGCACCACUGACUGUUGGUGGCAUAUUUUCUACGAUGAGUGUGCAAUUACUACUGGUCCACCUGGUCCUUAUCGGACGGAUGUGAUGGGUGCAGCAUUCACCGGAACGCUUCCAUCUGGCCCAGAAGCUCUAGACCCAGCUAAAUGGGAUAUGCAGGGUCCGCUUUCUCAAGUUCUCGGGUUUGCAAGCGACUCUAAUAACUCUUCGUUCACGAUACAUCUUAACGCCCCUUCCUCUGAGAACCUCGUCGGUCUCAACGUAACCUGCUCGCCAGCUGAUGCAGGCUCUGCAUCUCAAUUCCGAUUUGUCACCUCGCGAAUUGCUCUGGGCUCUGGAAGUAAUAAAUUGUUGCAUCCCCCGCGUGCCCCCCGAACACCAGUGUCACCCAAUAUGCUGUUGGUCUGUGUACCGAUUCUUCGUCGUGUCAGUGGACUAGCAGAGCACGAGCUCUCAAGGCGUAUUCCAAGGACAAGGAUGUGCGUGGGCCUCAGACAGCAAUAG